AAGUACAUAAAGCAUUAGAAUCUACACACAAUCUGAUCCAGCUAUGCAAUAAUUACUGGCUUAGCAAACCAGCUUUAAAAGGUCACUGGAGAUCUCUGAUUUCUCAGCUAGUAGCUUGCCACAAAGUUUGGGAUUUGCAAAACCAGUUUUCUCGUUCUCUCUCUACUUGCUCUAUUUCUGUGUGCGUGUCUCUCUCUCUAAAAGUGCUAAUCUUAUACAUACGUACAUACCUAGCGCGAGGAGAAAUCGAAAUUAAGAAGACUGAUCAGAUGGGGAGCAGUUAUUUUGGGGAGCCAAACAUGGGAGGAGGAGGUGGUGGUGGUUCUUCUUCUUCUUCAAGGAAGGGAAAGAAAAGCAAUUCAGACAAGCCAAAGCAACCCCAGAGAGGCCUUGGAGUGGCUCAAUUGGAGAAGAUCAGAUUACAUGGUCAAAUGGGUAGCACUUAUCACCCUUCCCUCCACUCUCCAUACUCCACUAGUUUCAGCAACGAGGAGACAAGAGCGCAAACAGCUUAUUCGUCCAUACCAUCAUCAUCUUUAUCUUCUUCACCAUCCUCCACUUCUUCACUCUCUUAUGGCUUCCAUGGCUUCCACCCCAACAUCAUGAUGGGCGGUCUUGGUGAAUAUGAAAGAGCAAACAUGACAUAUGGUGGUGAACAUAAUUCCCAACUUAGUACAACAGCCAGAUGGGACGUCCCCGGUAAUGCCAUUUUAGACACCCAACAUUUUGUGCAAUCCAGCAUGACCAGACACCUUCUAAAUCCACCUCCAGUAGAGGACUCUCAUCACAGGACGAGCAAAAAACAUAGAAGUAGCUCCAUGGGCUCAAGCAGUCACAACUCUGAAUCAAGUGACACCCAAGAUCUAGAUUUGGAGCUCAGACUCUGACUUUAGUUUGCUCGAGUCUGUAUGGGUUUGCAACUGCAUGCGUACGUACGUUUAACUUGCAAAAGCUGAUCGUCAAAAUAUGUGGCGCUUCAAAUUAAGCAUAGGCAACAAAUUAAUUAGUUUUCAUUUUCAUGUGGAAGAGCUCAUGUAGUGCAAGUUUACUGAUUUUUUCUGCAUAAUACAAUGAUGAAUUUUUUUUCUUGAAUCCUUGAAUAUUGCCAAGGGAAUGAAGGAACAGCAUUAGUACUAAUUCUUUACUUGAUACA